GCAAGCAUUUCUACCGCAAUUACUGAACUACGCGCGCAGAUGAUGAAGUUUUUCCAUAAAUACUCGUAGACAUUCGACGAAAUCUUUAAAGAGUAGCUGGUAUGAAUACCAUCAUAAUCUGGUUCAGGAUCCGAUUUUCGUCUGGCAAGCACCCGAAAACCUGCUAAUUGAGCAUCUUUAAAAGAUCUAGACCACCACAAAGCACGACAAGUGGACUAUCAUGUCCGGGACGGCAUCCAUUUUGGGACGGCGUCGCACAAAAUCAGUGCAAUAUCCUGUCAAGGACAAAGAUACAGGAACAUCGAAGGCUGUGGUUGCGGUUAGCCAAGCGAACUGGCUGCACGCAAAACGGAGAAAGGGGAACGCCGCUGAAGUAAUCCGCCCUCAAAGGAUCAAGCUUGCCUUUAUGGACUUAAAGAACGAAGUGGUGCCCAAUGAUGGCGCAACAGAGUUGCGAGAUGUCACAAGAAAACAAAUUUUAGAAGAAGCAAUAAAUACUAUAAAGACUCUGGAGGGGGUCACACAAGGGCAAAACGGAGAACUACAAAGACUGAGGCAAACCCUGGCUGGCAUAGAGAUCAUUAAAGCAAGUCAAGAAACGGCUGCAGAAAAGCUGGACAUUCACCCUAGCACAAGUGGUCAACCAAAUCAGGAUGAAAUUAGAUUUCAAGUGUUUGAGAGAAUGAUGGACCAGCUUUUCCAAACCUACAACCACCUCGUGGAUGCAUCCAGUUUCCAGGCGCUGUCCGCUACAACCUCCUUGUGGCUCGAAGAAUACUGCAGUCCCUCCAGCAUCACGGCCUUGACAGCUGGAGUCUUACGUGAUUGUCAGUGAUGGUGUUAUUUAAUGAAUACUCUUCACACACAACCGUUUUACGGUUAAACCCUCAAUUUUUGUUUGUACUCGGUAGCCACAACUGAUGCAUACACACAGGCACAGAUGUGCAUUUAGAUCUUCCAUACAAAAUUUGAUACGCAUUUGUCAUAUUUUUUGAUAAACCAUAAGUUU